GCUACCCUCCGCCCGCCCGCCCGCCCGGCGUCCGGUGCGGCGAGAUUUGUUGGUGCUAGAGGACGCUGUGACAUUCGCGUCCCGUCGACAUGGAUAAAUUACCACCACCCGCUAUUCGGGGGGAACGCGCCAGUCUGUCGCAGCGCGCGGCGGCGGCGGCGGCCCAGGGAAACGGUAGCAUGGAGAAGAAGAGCAAAGCGAGCGGAGGAGGAGGAGGAGGCGGCGGCGACGGCAUUGGCGACGACGAGGAGGAAGGAGGGAAGAUUGCGCGAGGCAAGAGCAUCCGAAUGAAAACCGUGUCUUCGUCGCUGGGAGGCGGCGUGGACAGGAGCGCCGGCGGGCGCGAGUCCAAUAUAAAGGAGACGGACGUGGGCAGAAAAAUGAAGCGUAGCACCAACGGGGACUGCAGGAGAGCGACCAAGGGGAGCCUGACCUCUAUCGCCAGUCGUCAUUUCCACGACCAGGAGCUGUCCGAGGAGAAGCGCUCCAUCAUGGAGGGGGAGUGCGCCUCGGGCGGUGCCUACGAGUGCGAAGAGAGCGCGGCGGGCAUUCAGCAGCAGCAGCAGGAGGGAGCAGGAGGAGGCGACGCGCCGCGCGCUUCUCGCUCAGGGUCCGUGAGGAAAGGUCAGAGUCAGCGGCCCCAGGCCAAUUCGGUGGGCUUCCUCAAGGGCGAGUCGGCCGAGCCCAUGCUGCUGGACGAUGGCGAACAGUGCGGCAUCCAGGCCACCUUCAUGCAGAGGCAGUUUAGCGCCAUGUUACAGCCGGGAGUCAAUAAGUUCUCCCUGCGCAUGUUCGGGAGCGAGAAGGCGGUGGAGCGGGAACGAGAACGGGUGAAAUCGGCCGGCUUUUGGAUUAUUCACCCGUACAGUGAUUUCAGGUUCUACUGGGAUAUCAUCAUGCUGCUGUUGAUGGUUGGAAACCUCAUUGUAAUCCCCGUGGGGAUUACUUUCUUCCACGAAGAGAACACAACUGCCUGGAUUGUGUUUAACGUGUUGUCGGACACGUGUUUCAUAGUGGAUCUAGUGUUAAACUUCAGAACAGGAAUCGUUGUAGAAGAUAACACCGAUAUUAUAUUGGAUCCACAGAUUAUUAAAAUGAGGUAUCUGAAAAGUUGGUUCCUGGUAGACUUUGUGUCGUCCAUACCCGUGGACUAUAUAUUCCUCAUCGUGGAGACCCGAAUCGACUCAGAAAUGUACAAGACUGCAAGAGCCCUCCGCAUUGUCCGUUUUACCAAGAUCCUGAGCUUGCUACGGCUUCUAAGACUCUCCCGGCUCAUCCGUUACAUCCAUCAGUGGGAAGAGAUCUUCCACAUGACGUACGACCUGGCGAGCGCUGUGGUGCGGAUUGUUAACCUCAUCGCCAUGAUGCUGCUCCUGUGUCACUGGGACGGCUGCCUCCAGUUCCUGGUGCCCAUGCUGCAGGAAUUCCCCCACGACUGCUGGAUCUCCCUCAACGGCAUGGUGAACGACUCGUGGGGGAAGCAGUACUCGUACGCCCUCUUCAAGGCCAUGAGCCACAUGCUGUGCAUCGGCUACGGCCAGCGCGCGCCCGUCAGCAUGGCCGACCUGUGGCUCACCAUGCUAAGCAUGAUCGUGGGCGCCACGUGCUACGCCAUGUUCAUCGGGCACGCCACGGCGCUCAUACAGUCGCUCGACUCCUCGCGCCGCCAGUACCAGGAGAAGUACAAGCAAGUGGAGCAGUACAUGUCGUUCCACAAGCUGCCGGCGGAGCUGCGCCAGCGCAUCCACGAGUACUACGAGAACCGCUACCAGGGCAAGAUGUUCGACGAGGACAACAUCCUGGGGGAGCUCAACGAGCCGCUGCGAGAGGAGAUCGUGGGCUACAACUGCCGCAAGCUCGUCGCCUCCAUGCCGCUGUUCGCCAACGCGGACCCCAACUUCGUGACGGCCAUGCUCAUCAAGCUGCAGUUCGAGGUGUUCCAACCGGGGGACUUCAUCGUGCGCGAGGGCACGGUGGGCAAGAAGAUGUACUUCAUCCAGCACGGCGUCGUCAGCAUCAUCACCAAGGGCAACAAGGAGAUGAAGCUCUCCGACGGCUCCUACUUUGGAGAGAUCUGCCUGUUGACGCGGGGCCGUCGCACGGCCAGCGUGCGCUCCGACACCUACUGCCGCCUCUUCUCGCUCUCCGUGGACCACUUCAACGAGGUGCUCGAGGAGUACCCCAUGAUGCGACGCGCCUUCGAGCAGGUGGCCAUCGAUCGGCUCAACCGCAUCGGGAAGAAGAAUUCCAUCCUCCUGCACAAGGUGCAGCACGAGCGGAACAUGGGCAUCUCCAACAACCGCGAGAGCGAGCUCAUCCAGAAGAUGGUGAGCCGCGAUCGCGAGAUGGCCGAGCAGGCUCGCCUCGGCGUCACCGUCACCAACCCGGACAGCCCGGUGGGCCUCAACUCGGCCGUGCAUCUGCUGGCCACCACCUCCAUCCUGGCCUUCAUGCAGCACCACCACAGCCUGCAGGCGGAGGCCGAGGCGCUGCUGCCGCCCGUGGCGGGCACGCCAGCCGGCGGGCAGAGCGUGCCUUCCGAGAGCCCGAUGGUGCAGUCGCCGAGCCCUCGGCAGUCGCAGCUGCUCACCAGAGCCAAGCAAGAGUCGCCCGUGCAAGGUCAGCGAGGGCAGCAGUCGCCCGGGUUGACGCAGACGUCUGCGGAUAUCUUCCAGCGCUCUCCCGCGCCGCAGGAUACCGUUCGGAGGUCGGCGGUCGUCAGCUCGCAGCCUCUUGGGGCCGCUGGGCAGCGUUCGCCCAGCUCGGCCGCACACUCGCCUGCUCAGAGCCAGCAGUCGUUGAGGGCCGCCGAGUGGUUACCCGGCCCCACCGAACACUUUGCCCAUCAGUCCACCAUGUCCCCCGGUACGGGAAGGAGCUCCCCGGUUCAUUUCAAACCGACCAAACAAAGCCAGGCCUACGUGUCCCCACUCGGAUCCAGGCCAUCCACACCAUCGUCCGGCCCUUCGCGAAGGUCUCCGCUUCCAAAGCAAGAGUUGGUCGGCUCUCCAUCCUCCCUGCUCGGCCACUGGCCCAGCGACAGCAUACCUCGCUUCAAUAAGACGGGACAACUGGUCGGGCCCAGAGAGGUGGGCCUAGGCAGGGGCUCGCCGAGCCCCGCAGGCUCGCAGCUGUCGAUCGCGAGCCAGCAUGACGCCGCCAGCCCGACCCAGCCGCAGCUUCACCCCCUGGCGCAGACGCUGCAGGGCACGAGCGGCGGCAGGCUCAACCGGGACCUCAAGCCGCUCUCGGCAUCCCAGCCGUCCCUGCCGCACGUGAGCUUCCUCUCGCCGGCUCCAGCGCGAGACUCCAGCGUCUCGUCCUCCCCUCGGCCCACGCCGCCAGGCAGCCCGCUGGCCAGGAGCGCCGCCUCGUCCGUGACCGCGCUUCCCUGCUUGCCGGGGCCCGCCGCGCCCGUGGCGCAGCCGGCGCCGCCGAAAGAGACCACCGCGCUCGCCUCGUCGCUGCAGGCCCUGCAGGCGUCGGCGUCGAAGGUCGUCGCCAGCGUGUCGAAGCAGCCAUACUCCCCGCUGCUUUCCACCGCUUCGAAAGACGUCGCCUCACUCUCGGCGGCCCCUUCGCCUGGCGCGAGCCCCCUGAUGAGCCCGCUCGUCGCGUCCAGAGACGCCGCGGCCACGCCGGAGGCGGCUGCCGCCUUCAAGACGCCCGCCGCGGUCGCAGCCACGGCCACCGCCGCCACCGCCGCCACCCCGUUUUCUUGUGCACUUUCCUCGAUCGCGGAGUCCACCUCCUCAUCCGGCGCGAAGAUGCCCUCUGCCCCUCCGGCACAAACGUUAGCGCAAUCGUACAGCCCGUCGCCCGGCGCAAAGGACGUCCAUCCCGCUCCGCACACGUCGGCACCGAGCACAGCCUCCUUGGGCAAGGAGUCGGCCCUGUCAGGCCACCCUGGAGAUGCGAUGCCCUCCGGCCCAGCUCCAGAUGCUGCACAGGCCUCAUCAAGAACUUCAGCAACCGAACCACCGCCAAGUGCGCCCAAGCCGUGAGGAGGAACGCCAGACACAAGUGUAAAUGCUAAAUGGAAAGACUCAUAUUGGGUUACCACGCACACAAGGCGUGAUAUCUGCUUCUGCUGGAAGUAAUAAAAAAAGGCAAGCUUUCACGUCCGCAUUUGAUAACUUGAAGCUGACCCCCAAUCAAAUGUCCUUUGGAAUGAAGAGCAGAGUGGUCUGGCUCCUCAGGGAAUCUGCCACUAGGGGUGUUGGUUUGCUUGUGUUCUUCUUUUCCCGCUAUGCUGGAACGUUAACAACGAGCGACGCCGCCGUAGAAACUGGGCACAGAAAACCGUGCGUCACUUGGGAAGCCAAGUGGGUCCUUGACUGGAAUUGCAUGCAUUCCACGUCUCUUUUAUGCAGCAACCUCAACAUCGUCAACAUUUGUGAAG